UCGAGUAAAUUUUAGACAGCGCGAGUGGCGCUUGGUUAUGUGGAUUGUGGUCGUUUUUUCAAGUUUCUUAAUCCGGGAAUUAUUUUAAACAGUUUACAAGUGAUUUAAGUUAACAUUAUUGUUUUAUUGUAUACGACAACGACCCUGAAUUUGCGUGUGCAACCUUAAUUUCUUCGCUUAUCCAAGUUAUAUUUUAGAAUCCUUUACAACGAUGGACUCAAGAAUACCAAAAUCGUUCCUUAAACCACCUACUAGGAUCGUGAAAGCGGACAUAAAUCCGAAAUUUCUGGCAACCAUUUCUGAAAACAAGCCCUUUGGACCUGCUGCAUCGGCUACCGGACUAAAACAACCUGCCUUGGCUUCGAAAGUACAACCGAGACCUAUGCUUCGACGUCGUUCGAAGUCUGCAUCGGAUUUGUUAGCACUGCAAUCAAAACCAAUAACAAUAGGAAAGAUGAUGCUGUCAAAAGUAGCUUCAACUAAACCUGCACAAAAAAGGCCCGCCUUGCAAAAAAACGACGAUGAGAACAAACCGAAGGUGGCUAAAGUGAAGAUUCCAAGUUGGGAUUAUAAAUCCAGGUUCUUAGAAUUGCAAAAAAAAUACACCGUGGAAUUGGAGGACAACAAAACACUCAAGAGCAAAGUUGCAAAUGUACCACAACUAGAGGAAGAAGUGGAAGGUCUCCGAACCGAAAACCAACGCAACCUCCAGAAAAUAGAAGUUAUUCAGGAAAACGAGGAAAAGUUGCAAGAUCGCCUCAAGUCUGUUUCUAAAGAAAACGUUUCCCUUAUUGAAGCGGUUGUAAAACAUAGAAAAGAGUACCAAGGUCUUGCAGACAGUUAUAAAAGUCUUCAAAAAGAACACAACAUCUUAAUAGAAGCUGAAAAGGAGUCUAAACAGAAAGCAGAAGAUCUUUUUAACGAAAAUUUAGCUUUAAAAACAAAGUUGUCACAGCAGGAAACCGCAUGUCGUCUCCAUUCAGAAGCCUAUAAUAAACUUGAAGAAGAAUCUAAGGAGUACUUGCGAAAAAUUUCUAGCACCGAAAACAUGCUUCAAGAAUCAACAUCAAACAACAUUCGUUUAGAAAAUCGGUGCCAACAAUUAGAAAAUUUAACAUCGAAAUUAAAGCAAGAUUUAGAGGAGCACGAUACCCUAAGACGAUCUUUGCAUAACACCAUCCAGGAUAUGAAAGGGAAUAUCCGCGUUUUCUGCAGAGUUCGGCCUCCAGUCACCAGUGAAGAGACAGAAAGACAACUUUGCGCAAUCUUUUUCCCGAACGAAACGUCCCUGGAAAUCCGAAAAGCUCGAGAAAGCGUUAGUGUUAUCAGCGGAAAACCCGUCGAUCUAAAACAAGAGUUUUCUUUUGAUAAAGUUUUUCCGCCUGAAGCUAAUCAAGCCGAAGUAUUUGAAGAGCUGGCGCAGUUAGUUCAGUCAGCGUUGGACGGUUACCACGUGUGUGUUUUUGCUUAUGGACAGACCGGAUCUGGAAAAACAUACACAAUGCAAGGGUCGUCGAACGAUUUUGGCAUGAUUCCAAGAACUGUGGACUUGAUUUUCAAAAAGAUUGAGAAACUUUCAACCUCGGAUUGGACCUACACCGUGUCAGCAAGUUUCCUUGAAAUAUACAAUGAAAAUAUACGAGACCUUCUUGUUCCAAAUAGUACACACAAUUACGAAGUGCACUACAAUGAAGGACGCGGGGUAACAGUCACCAAUCUCGAAAUCGUUCCAAUUUCCUCAGCGGAAGAACUGAAAGUUGUUAUGGAAGAAGCGCAGAAGAACAGGGCAGUUGCAGCGACAAAUUUUAAUGAGCACAGUUCGAGAUCUCAUGCAAUAACUAAAAUUCAUCUCGAAGGGUAUAAUGCGGAAACCAAAGCGAAAUAUUCAGGGUCGAUAAAUUUAGUGGAUUUGGCGGGUUCUGAAAGUGCUAGAACAAGCGGCCCAGAAAGACUGAACGAAACCAAAAACAUAAAUAAGAGUUUGUCUACACUGGGAAAUGUAAUGUUAGCAUUGCAUAAUAAGGAUCAACACAUCCCUUACAGAAACUCGAAAUUGACAUUUUUGCUGCAGUCUUGUCUUGGUGGUAAUUCUAAGACAUUAAUGUUGGUUAAUAUUUCACCUUUUGAGGAGUGUUUUUUGGAAAGCAUACAUUCUUUACGAUUUGCUUCCAAAGUAAAAGAAAUUAAAACGGUUGCCAAGAAGAACAAAACUUAUUGUACAAUGCCACCACCAAAGUAAAUUAACUAGCCAUAUUUAUGUAUUUUUUUAAUAUAUUAACUGUAGUGUAUUGUUGUAUGACAUAAUUACUGUUUUAGUGUCCAUUAAACGAUU